AUGCCUUCCACUUCCGAUAAUCAGAUUCAAUGGCACAGUCAAUAUGAUAACAAUAAUCCUCCGGCUAAACCGGAAGGUUUUGUACGCUUUAUCGUGAUUAGUGAUACACAUAGCACGCAACCAAAAGUACCAGAAGGAGAUGUCCUUUUGCAUUCUGGUGAUCUAACAGAUAUUGGAGGAACAAAAGCAUUUGAAGAACAACUUGCAUGGUUAGGAUCACUACCUCACCGCUACAAGUUCAUCAUCGGAGGUAAUCAUGAUUUCGGGUUAGAUGAUAGAAAAAGUUGGUACACAGAAAAGGGUAAGAAUAUCCAUGCAAAAUUGGGCUUCACUCAUGCUAGCCCAGAUCAAAUUCAACAAGCAAUCACUCGAUUUGAAUCACAGUCAAAGCCUAAUGGACGCAAUAAAUACGUUGAGGAUGAACAGAUAGAAUUUUCAAUCGGUGAAAAGAAUUGGACAUUAUAUGGAAGUCCUUGGUCACCUGAAUUUGGUGGUUGGGCUUGGAAUUAUAAACGAGGUCAAGAAGCAAAAGAACUAUACAAUCGUGUAAGCAACUCCGACAUCCUUCUCACACAUACACCGCCUCAUCGACUUGGCCGAUUAGACGUGAUUACAGAUGGGAAAACGCAUGUAGGAUGUGAAGAGUUAACAGAACAGCUAGAACAGGGGAAGUUGAGACCAUUGUUGCACUGCUUCGGUCAUAUUCAUGAGGCAUACGGUACACAUUUGCAAACGUGGGACAAAAGAGCAGAAGGACAUUCCCAAACGCUUCUACUCAAUGCUGCUUUGGUAGAGAUGAAUACGAAAAUGCUCGUGGCUGAAUCCGUCAUAAAAUUACCCAUCUUAACUGUGAUGCGUUGGCUGGGAUACCAAUCACCUGCUUGGCUACAAGUUGGACUAAAGUACUCUGUAAAAAAUUUGUGAGUAUGGCUGACAAUUCUUCAAAAAUCUGCAUAUCUGACCGCUUUGCUAUAUCGAUGACCAGACCUAUGAUUGUGGAUAUCGAUCCUACCAACAUUAAAUCAAGACUUUAAA